AUGUCCAACGGCAUCCAACCUACUGAUAUAGAACCUGGCGACUCUUCCGGUGGCGCCACUCUAACACAACAAAAGACAAACUUGUCCUACAGCUACGACAAUAGAAAAGGAUGGAGACGAUGGAGAAUCUUUCACCCUGGUAGAGGGAUGUACCACGAUGUCAAGCGUCGUCUUCCGUAUUACUGGAGCGACAUUACAGAUGCUUUUACCUAUCGUGUGGUUGCCAGUACUAUCCGCAUGUACUUUGUCAAUCUUCUUCCAGCCAUCGCAUACACACUCGACAUGUACCGACGAACAGGGCAGUUCUAUGGUAUCAACGAGGCCCUCUUCUCCUCAGCGCUAGCAGCCAUCGUCUUCAGUCUUCUCAGUACACAGCCUCUUACUAUCGUUGGCGUCACAGGUCUUAUAUCUUUGUUCAACUUUACCAUAUACGAUAUCAUCAGCAUCUAUGAUGUCUCGAUCUAUCCCCAGUUCAUGGCAUGGACUGGUAUUUGGGCGGCCAUCUUCCACUGGCUUGUGGCUAUUUUCAACACAUGUGAUUACAUGCGUUAUGUCACUGACUUUUCAAGUGAGGCAUUCGGGAUGUACGUUGGAAUUAUUUACAUCAUCAAGGGAGUGGAAGAGCUAGUCAACGAGUUCGACCAACAAGGACCCGCGUCUGGAUUUCUCGCCUGUAUCAUCGCUAUUCUCUACUUUGGGACAGUUUAUGGCCUGGAGAAGCUGGGCUCCAGUACUGUAUGGAAACCAGGAGUCCGGACUGUUCUUGCUGAUUAUGCUUAUGUGUUUGGAACCCUCUUUUGGGUCGGCUUCUCUCACUUCCCUGGUAGACUCGAGGCGACACACAUAGAACGCGUACCUGUCACCAAAGCUUUCUACCCGACACAGCCCAGGGACUGGCUUAUCGACUUUUGGAACUUGGAUACCAAAUGGGUGUUUGUCGCACUGCCAUUCGGGUUCUUGACUAUGCUUUUGUUCUACUAUGACCACAACGUCAGUAGCAUAACCGCACAGGCUCGUCAAUACCCACUCAAGAAACCCGGUGGCUUUCACUGGGACUUCUUCCUUCUCGGCUGUACGACAUUUGUCUCGGGGAUUCUUGGACUUCCAAUGCCGAAUGGCUUGGUACCACAAGCGCCUGUCCACACAGACUCCCUCACUGUAUAUGAAACUGACCUCAAGAUCAUUCCAACAUCUGAAGACGAAGACACCGAGAUUCGUCGGCCUGUCGUAAGAGCUGCAGCUGUAGUUGAGCAGCGUGUUUCGCAUUUUCUUAUGGGUCUUGGGUUGGUUGGUACAAUGACCGGCCCCCUCCUUGUGGUUCUGCACACCAUGCCAUCCGCGGUCUUUGCAGGCGUGUUCUUUGUUGUUGGUUGGGGUUCGAUCGAAUCGAAUGGUAUCCUUCAAAAGUUUAUCUAUCUCCAGUCAGAAGAACGUUUUAUCCAGCGCGACGAGCCACUUCUUCGCGUCAGAAGACGCAAGAUCAUUCUUUUUAUCAGCAUUCAGCUCAUUGGCGUAUUUGCCUGCGUCGCUGUGUCACAUACUCUCGCAGCCAUUGGCUUUCCUGUCUUGAUUAUCCUGCUGAUUCCUCUACGCAUUGUCAUCGUGCCUCGGUGGUUCAGUCUACAGGAACUUCAGAUCCUCGAUGACUUUACUGCGACUAACAAGGCCGUCCUUGCCAGCUUGGGUGGUCAACCUGCCCUUCCAGAGCACUCGAAGGAGGAAGAUUGGGGGGUUGAGAGGAGGCAUAGUGAGAGCCAGCAUGGCGUUGCUCGUCAACGUGCGGGGAGCAUUCAUCGAUAG